GAAAUAGCGUGUAGGAUUAUUAAUAUUUCUGGUUUGGAUUCCUGUAGUAGUGUCAGUUUCUUUGAAAAGUAUGUCUCGCAAGAGACAAUUACGUAGCUCACCCAUCCUAUUAUGAGUCAGAUUCAGAUUUUUUCAGUAAAUACAGAAAGUUUAUGGUCUAUGCUAUUCCUAUUCUAGUUCACUUCUGUGAGUGGAAACUGCUUCGAGAAUCAGGUUCCAAGGAUUGAUGACUCGGUGUGAAAGUCUGUAUGCCACGGGUAUUUUUUUCGUUGUUGGCUUUUCUACUCACCUGCUAUGUCCUUUGAGAUGUCCCGUUCUAGCGGGAAGAAAAAGAAAUGGUGAGAUUACAAUUUAUGCACAACCUUUGAGCGACGCUAAAAAGACCUUGAGAAUGUCCAUCUAUGUACUGCGGUUACUUGAGAGUUAUAAACCAGUGUUAGGAAUUAGAUAUAGGGUUUACGUCACAAACUGAGGUAAGCUAUAAUCCCAAAACUCGACUUAUCUAAAUGAAUAGAUUAAUUUCGCACUAAGAUUCAACACCUGUAAUAUAUUGAUGUAAAAUUCAGUCAAAGCAUUGGCUAAAGUUCUCACUGUUUCUACGCUACUAACCAAAUACUCUUGUAUUCAAAUUUUCUGUUAUUUGUAUUUUUUUGUUGCAUAGGAGGUCGUGAUCUUCAACCUAGACUUCCGUUUCUUCACAGCGAAAAUUACUCCACAGAUUUAGUUCAAGAUGAAGUCCAAUCCAGACUCACCGAUUAUUUCAAUCAGUCCGAGACAUUAUAUUCAUGUGCUAAACUUGAAUACUCAUGUCACCUCACUUGUUGUUGGACCUAAAACAUAUGUUUGCCAACAGGAUGAAAAGAUUGUUCUCGGACCUGAGGAACUAACUGUCGUCCCGGCGAUGAUGUACUGCGUGAUUCGAAACCCCGUUAUAACAGACAAAGAUGGUGUUCCAGUAGUCGAUAAAUUUGGACAGGUUAAAGUCCGAAUGGGUGACGUGGAGUACCGUUUCGCCCAAGAUCCUUUCCCAUUGUAUCCAGGUGAAUCUUUAAAGGAUAUCGUUAGACCUCUCCCUGUUGUUCUGCCAAACUCAGCACUCAGAUUACGAGCCGUUUCGGAUUUCGAAGAUGGAAACGUCAAGCGAAUAGCUGGAGAGGAAUGGUUGUUUGAGGGACCUGGUACAUAUCACCCUAGAAAAGAGGUUGAAAUUGUAAAAUGUGAGGAAGCCAGAGUAAUUCUUGUCAACUCUGCUCUUGUGAUGGAGGCCACGAAAGAUUGUGUCGAUCGAGGUGGUGUUCCUCGUGUUUACGGUGAACGAUGGUUAGUUACGACACCAGGUGCAUACCUCCCUGGUGUCUAUGAGCGAAUUGUCGACGAGCGCAAAGCGAUUACACUAACAGACAGACGAGCGAUAUGUGUCAAAGCUGUUAAAUCUCAUUGUGACAAGUUCGGGAAAUAUCGCAAAGCUGGUGAAGAGUGGUUAAUUACACAUGAAGACGCGGAGUAUCACAUUUGCAGCGCACUUGAGGAGUUUGUGAGAGAGGUUGAAGUUACAAUCCUACGUGUCCAUCAGUUUUGUGUGGUAGUCAACCCUUGGGAUGAGAAUGGUGUUCCUCAGUUAGGGAGAAAAUUAUUAGUACGUGGUGAGAAGUCAUUCUUUCUGAGACCAGGAGAGUAUUUAGAAAUGGGCGUUCAAAAUGCUUAUAUUUUGCAGAACGACGAAGGCCUUAUUCUUCGAGCUAAAGAACAGUUUGUUGACGAUAUAUGUGGGGACGCUAUAUCUGAGGAGGACUCUGUCAAGCAGAAGAAAUGUGUACGUCGUCCUGGUGAUCGGUGGAUGUUACGUGGACCCAUCGAAUACAUACCUCCCGUUGAAGUGGAUGUGAUAGAUCGUCGUAAUGUUAUUCCUCUGGAUUGUAAUGAAGGGAUCUAUGUUCGUAAUAUGCAAACAGGACAAGUUCGUGCUGUUAUUGGUGAAGCCUAUAUGUUAAAUCAAGAUGAAGAAUUAUGGGAGAAGAAACUCCCACCUGAGGUUGUUCAGUUGCUGGAAAGUAAUAUCGACCCAUUUGCUGACCGUGGAAUUCGAUCUUCUCCAGAUUCGGUUAACCGUCUUGACCCAACUCGUGUAGUUACUUUCCGUGUUCCACACAAUGCUGCAGUUCAAAUCUAUGACUAUAAAAAUAAAAGGGCAAGAGUCGAGUUUGGACCGAAUUUAGCUAUGUUAGGACCGGAUGAACAAUUUACUCGUUUGAGCCUGAGUGGUGGGAAACCGAAAAAACCGAAUGUGAUUAAAAGUCUAUGUUUACUGUUAGGUCCAGACUUUUGUACCGAUGUUGUAAUUGUUGAGACUGCGGAUCAUGCUCGCUUAUCUUUGCAACUAUCGUACAACUGGGUGUUCGAUGUCUCUCCAUCAUGCAGUGCAGCUGAUGCUGCUAAGUUAUUCUCAGUGCCUGAUUUUGUUGGAGAUGCUUGUAAAGCUAUUGCAUCUCGUGUUCGUGGCACUGUUGCAUCCGUCCAAUUCGAUGAUUUUCAUAAGCACUCAUCACGAAUUAUUCGUGCCUCCGUAUUCGGAUUGGAUGAAGCUGGAAAGGUUCGGGAUCGAUUAGUUUUUCCUCAAAAUAAUCUGCAUAUUACAAGCGUGGAUGUACAGUCUGUGGAGCCAGUGGAUCAACGAACUCGUGAUUCGUUGCAGAAGUCAGUUCAACUUGCCAUUGAGAUAACGACCAAUUCGCAAGAGGCAGCUGCACGGUAAGCAAGCUGCAUUCGUUUUGGCAAAUAUUUUGAGCAAUGUGGUCAUGUGUGCAGUACUCGUUAAGAUGUGCAUGAAGUCAGUAGUGUUAGUCGGUCAAGUUUUCUUUACAAUAUAACGUUUUCACUGUUUCACUUCCCCGGUUUAUAGUGUAUAGUUGAUGCGUAGUAAGGUAUUACUUUUGUCUGUUUUGAAAACUAAAUUUUGAGUAUGGAUACUAGGGAUAAGAUAUUUAAUUGUCAUGCUGAUAACCGGGAGUACAGUUUAUUCUGUGGUAUUUUAUUGUAGUCACGAAGCCGAAAGACUUGAACAGGAAGCCAGAGGUCGGUUAGAGCGUCAAAGAAUUGAGGAUGAAGCGGCUGCUGAACAAGCCAGGCGUAAUUUGCUUGAAAUCCGAGUGCAACUGGCUGCAUUAGAAAGUAGUAGUCAAGCGAAGGCCGAAGCAGAGAGUCGAGCUGAGGCGAAUCGUAUUUCCAGUCAAGCUGCAGUGGAAGAGGCUAAACUUCGAGCACAAGCCUUAUCUAUUGAAACGAAUGCAGAAUUAGAAAGACUUAAAUUGGCUCGAGCUGCAGAGAUCGCCUAUAUCAAGGAAAAGAAUGAAUUAGCUCUAAAGUACAGGGCAGACGAAACAGAAAUCGAGAAAUCGCGUUUCAUUUCGAUGGUGAAUGCAUUAGGUGCAGAUACACUACGCGCAAUGGCAACAGCCGAAUCAGACCAUAAUUUGCGCAUGUUGAACGCUCUGGGCCUACAAAGUACAUUAAUUACAGAUGGGACGACACCUGUGAAUUUGUUAACUACUGCUCAUGGUUUAAUCGGUUCAGUGUUUGAAGGUUCUUCUCGUAAACGUGCAUCAGAGGUUUCAGGCAACGUAGAUGAAAAAUGAAGCUCAAUCGAUAUUAACUGUUUACGUUCAUGAGUUGUGCUUUCAUUAUACUUCCUUGAUUUUUUUAUAUAUCGUUUCAACAUACUUUUUUCGUGGUUGGCUGUGAUGAUUUCUUAAAAUGAAUACUUAAUAAAAUUUGUGCUACGUGUGCUAUCUAAA